AAUUCAUUGCUACAGAUGGCUGGAAGGCCAUGGCUUUGGCUAUAUUUAAAGCAGAGGUUGAUCAAAGGUUAUGGGGAGAAGGUAGGAGAAUGGGGUUGAGAGGGAUAGCCAUUCAGAACCCCCCCGCCCCCGGCGGCAUGGAGUCACGGGCCACGGGCCAGCUCGCGCCACCGUCACCUGGUACCUCGCGCCCUUCCGCCCGCCCGUCACGUCACCUCCUCCAACCGCCGCCCCCAGCACGCGCCGCGUCGCUCCGCCCGGGAUUUCCCUCCACUGUUCCACCAGCUCCCUCCUCACGAUGUCGGAUCUGAGCCUCCUGGCCCUGAUCAUCCUGCUCCUGACCUUCCUCCUGCUCGCUACCCUGUUGGCUUUGGCCUUGUACUCCGGCCUGUUAGCCAAGGUGUCGGUACGUUCCGGUCCAUCACCCUUCGGCGCCCUUACCCUGGCCUACAAAUACAAGCAAGGCCCGUACCGGGAGGCGGGCCAUCUCUUUACAGAGAGCACCAGCAUCGCACCGAAGCUGAAUUGUAUCGGGAUUUACUACGACGAUCCUCAGCAGGUUCCAGAAGAAAAUUUGAGAUAUAUAGCAGGGAGCAUCCUGAGUGAAGGUGAUGAGAAGCCAUCUGAAGAACUGGUCAAACGUUUUGAGAAGUUUGGCUUUAGAAUAUUCUCUUUCCCAAAAGUCACACAUGUUGUUAUGACCACAUUCCCUUUCAAGACCUUCCUCUCACUGCUUCUGGCAAUACACCGGGUGUACCCAGUUCUGAAUAACUAUAUUAAGGAACGGAAGCUAUGUGCUCAUCCCUGUCUGGAGAUCUACUGUGGGGAAAUUAUCUACUAUGUCUGCCCUUUGGCACGUCAGAGUGACUUUUAUGUUCCUGAAGUAAAGAAUGCUGACAAGAAACAGACAGAAGAGGACACAGAUGAUGCUCGUACAGAGGUUGCAGAUUCGUUUAGCGACAGCAGCUCGGUGACGUACGAGGCCUUCACGGAGAGCAGGGAAACCUCCCUGAUGCCGCCUGUCACACCUGGCACAGCCAGUGGGGAGAUGGAGGACAGCGACUGGAGUGAGUCAGUGGCCAGCAGUUCAUCCUUCGAAGAAGUUGAGCUGGAAUUACAGGGUAAUGGGAACCGGCCCAACAUAUCUCAGCCCGCUGAUCCAGAGGACAAGGAGCCCACUCAACUGACCAACACAAAAAGACGUCUGGAUAUCAGGAGAACAGAGGAGGAAUAAAAAUAGAAUUACGAUAUAUCUUGAUGCAAUUGGCUCCAUGCAGGCAACUUCUUCCAGCACCAGACCUAUGGAACGCUUGUGGCAACAUUAAAGAAAAGGCUUGAAAUUAUGGUUUGAUUCAGAGCAAAGAUGGAAAUGUAUCAGAAUGUGUGCAAUAUUGUAUUUGUGAGCUUGAGUAUUAUUAUUAGUUCUUUAAAUAAAUCCAAAUAAUUUGUUUUUUCCACAAUUAAAAAGUUUGUGUUUGUAA